GGCGGGAGUCUAGGUCCGGGCUAGCGGGCGGCCGGGGUCGGAAGUUAGCGGACGGAGGCGAGCGCAGCCCUGCUCAUCGGCGUGAGGUGGCAGAUCUCAGGGAAGACCUGGGAGCUAGUGAAUUUCCACUUGCCUCUGGGUUGGUGGCUGACAUCAGCAUCCUGCCCAGCCCCCUUUGUGGAGGCCUCACUCAGGAGCGAGCAGUGAGGACCACAAUGUCCAACCCCUUCCUGAAGCAGGUCUUCAAUAAGGACAAGACCUUCCGCCCCAAGCGCAAGUUUGAGCCUGGCACCCAGCGAUUCGAACUGCACAAGAAGGCACAGGCAUCACUGAACGCUGGGCUGGACCUGAAGCUGGCCGUGCAGCUGCCUGCCGGCGAGGAGCUCAAUGACUGGGUGGCCGUGCAUGUGGUGGACUUCUUCAAUCGUGUCAACCUCAUCUACGGCACCAUCAGCGAUGGCUGCACCGAGCAGUCCUGCCCCAUCAUGUCGGGAGGCCCCAAGUAUGAGUACCGCUGGCAGGACGAGCACAAGUUCCGCAAGCCCACAGCACUGUCGGCCCCACGGUACAUGGACCUGCUCAUGGACUGGAUCGAGGUGCAGAUCAACAACGAGGAGGUCUUCCCCACCAACGUUGGCACACCGUUCCCCAGGAACUUCUUGCAGGUGGUAAAGAAGAUACUGUCCCGGCUGUUCCGUGUGUUUGUGCAUGUCUAUAUCCACCACUUUGACCGCAUUGCACAGAUGGGUUCCGAGGCGCACGUCAACACCUGCUACAAGCACUUCUACUACUUUGUCAAGGAGUUCGGCCUCAUAGACACCAAGGAGCUGGAGCCGCUAAAAGAAAUGACUGCACGGAUAUGCCACUGAAAGCCCCUUGGCCCCACUUUCACUGCAGCAGUGCCAGGGACACUCAACUUGAGGGCCACCUUCCUGGAACAUGGACUGUGUUUUCGGCCCCAGCGGCUCAGUGACUUCCACAGCUGUCCAACAGUGACCUCUGUGCCCCCAAUGCUGCACUGGACACUGGAGUUGAGUCCUUUCUCUAACUCUGAGGUGGCAGUUUCUGUGGGUCCACGCACAUUGGGGCCCAGCUUCCCAGAGCCCCACGGCGGGAGAUUGAACUUGAAACUCUGUGAUUCUCUGUGCUGUGGGCAACUGGGAAAAUCCACUUUAUCUAUAAAGCACUUGGAUCUGCCAAAAGGCUGGAGCUCUGCCUGCCCUUCACAGGCCUGUCCCUUAAUGUCCCUAGCGUGCCCAGAGGCUGCGCAGGCUCUGGGUCAGCAAGACAGGGACUGCUUCAGCCAGGCCUUCAAGCCUCAGUUCCCUCACAGCAAGCCUCCUGCAGCCUCAUGUCUGUGUCAUGACAGGUACGACGUGGCCCUGGCUCCCUUCCCCCCACUCCU